CCGCAGCCAAUCGACGUAGAGGGCCGAGUCGGUAAGGCCCGUUGAACGCUUGCGGGGGAGGUGGUUUCUUCCGGCCGGAGCGAGGGGGCAACUGGAUACGUUGAAGGACACAGGCCGCGGAGUUUGUGCAUUUUGGAAGAUUGAAACCAUGGCAGGUCCAGAAACUGAUGCCCAAUUCCAGUUCACUGGUAUCAAAAAAUAUUUCAACUCUUACACUCUCACAGGGAGAAUGAAUUGUGUGCUGGCCACAUAUGGAGGUAUUGCUUUGCUAGUCUUAUACUUCAAGUUAAGGUCUAAAAAAACUCCAGCUGUGAAAGCAACAUAAAUGGAUUCUAAACUGUACCUCAUCUGUUAAGUUCCCAUGCCUGAAGAAGCUAAUGUCAACUCAUCAUGUGAUAGUCAAUUUAUACAAUAAAUUAUGAAUCUGGAAAA